AUAAGUUAUUUUCGAUUGCUUUUUACUGCUUUUUCUUUCUCUUUCUUUAGUAAGUUUCUUUGUAAAUAUGAGAGAAGAUCUCUUCGCGUAAAUAAAAUUAUAAUGUUAAAAUAUGAAAUGAAAAUAUUUUGUUACACUGAUAUUUGUAUAGCGCUAACAUGAACAGGAUUGCAAUUUUUUACACAAUACAUGUAAAUACACGCAAAUAAUUUUUAAUAUACAGGGUGGUUGGUAACUGAUGGUAUAAGCGGAAAGGGGGUGAUUCUACGCGAAAAAAGAAGUCGAAAAUAUAGAAUAAAAAUUUUUCGUUCGAGGCUUUGUUUCCGAGAAAAUCGACUUUGAAUUUUCGCUUGGUACGCGUGCACUUUAUCACGUCUCGUUAUAACGGAUCUCACUGUAGAUCGUUGUCUCGAUUGACGUUACUUUUUUAAUUUUUAAAAUUUUCAAAUUUUUAAAUUUUUAAAUUUUCAAAUUUUUAAAUUUUUAAAUUUUUAAAUUUUUAAAUUUAAAAAUUUAAAAAUUUUCAAAUUUUCAAAUUUUUAAAUUUUCAAAUUUUCAAAUUUUUAAAUUUUCAAAUUUUUAAAUUUUUAAAUUUUUAAAUUUUUAUUCUAUAUUUUCGACUUCUUUUUUCGCGUAGUAUCACCUCCUUUCCGCUUGUACCACCAGUUACCAACUACCCUGUAUAAUACAUUGAACUGCUAAACUUUUGGAAGUAUGAUAGAUGUAUCUAAUAUUAACUGGGUAUUAAAUGAACUGUAUAUUAACGGGACCAAAAAGUUUUGUAAUUAACAUGAUACUUUUAUACACUCUACGUUAAAAAAUAAUUAAUUAUUACGAUUGAAGUAAUUACCAUCUAUUACAGAUACUCGUCCGAGCAAGCAAUCUAAUACAAUUCACAAAAAUGUUAAACAUUAAUAUAAAGGAUAUACGGCAAUGUUUGCACCACAGCAAUCUAACUGACACGGAUUUGAUAAAGUUGGACGCCAUUUUCCAAGAGGAAAAUAUAUCACGCGAGAACUUCGAAAACGUCAUGUUGGACUUCGGUUGUUUCAUUACAUGCGUUCUGGACAAAGCUCACAUGGUGGAAGACAAGAACAUUCGGUUUGAAUAUUUAUUAAAAACGGCGGAACGCAACAAUUUCCCUAUAGCCACGAAUCAAACAUUGAACGAAUGUUGCAAAAAGGGUAAGUUUGAAUUUUUUGUCAAAGUAUAAAACUCAAUCUAUAGCGCCAAUUAUUAGAAAAUCUAAUAUAGCGACCGAUGAAAUUGUGAACUAUCGACCAAAAAAAUAACGUUAGUAUCUUUUUCCUGGAAAUAUUUUUUUUUAAAUGUCGGUCACAGAUAAUAUAUUCGAACGGUCAUUUGCUGUUAUCAAUAGUAUUUGAAAUUAUAUAAUCAGAUAGAAACAUAUAAUGAGAACAGAGUGUCGUAGAAAGUAAAUGAAAAAUUCUUGGGAAUUUACGAAAUUCCGCUUCGACGUAUCGAUAUUAAAUAGCAAAUAGAAAAUAACAUGCACGUUUUUAGAAUUCUUAAUCAACAAUAUUU